AUGCCGGCCCUGGACAUUAUUGAUCACUCACCCCACCAUCCCGAUCCUUCCCCACCAAUUCCCACUGCCUCCAAUGUCAUCUUGAUAGACAACUACGACUCCUUCACCUGGAACAUCUACCAGUACCUCAUCCUCGAAGGCGCCACCGUUUCUGUCAUUAGAAAUGACAAGAUUACGAUUGAGGAGCUUGCGAAGAAGAACCCUACCCAAUUGAUUAUCAGCCCUGGACCCGGUCAUCCGCAAACCGAUUCCGGAGUAAGCCGCGAUGCCAUUAGGCAUUAUGCUGGCAAGAUCCCCGUUUUCGGCGUAUGCAUGGGCCAGCAAUGCAUCUUUGACGUCUAUGGCGGCGAGGUGAGCUCUGCUGGAGAGUGGCUUCACGGCAAAACCUCCCCGUUGAGCCAUGACAACAAGGGCGUCUACGCUGGCUUGAAGCAGGGCCUUCCCGUCACCCGCUACCACUCGCUGGCCGGCACCCGUGUCACUCUUCCCGAGUGCCUUGAGGUCACCUCCUGGGUCGCUCUCCCAGACGGAACUCAAGGUGUCAUCCAAGGAGUCAGGCACAAGGAACUCACUAUCGAGGGCGUUCAGUUCCACCCUGAGAGUAUCCUGACCGCUGAUGGUCGAGUCAUGCUCCGCAACUUCCUUCACCUACAGGGCGGUACCUGGGAAGAGAACGCUCGCCUUCAGAAGGAGGCUGCCGAAAACGGCUCAUCCGCGGCCCCUGCUGCGUCCGCGAAGCCUAAGAAGAACAAUAUUCUCCAAGAAAUUUACGCGCGCCGCAAGACUCUGGUCGACGCUCAGAAGCAGGUUCCUUCACUCCGCCCUAGCGACCUUCAGGCCGCCUACGACCUCAAUGCUGCCCCUCCACUCCGAGCUUCUCCUUCCAAGGGCAUUUUCUCCCUCGACAUCAGCGCCGCUGUCCAGGCGCGGAAGUAUGCGCUUGCGGGCGCAAGUGUAAUCUCGGUCCUCACCGAGCCCGACUGGUUCAAGGGCAGCAUCGAGGAUCUUAGGGCUGUGAGGCAAGUUCUAGACGGCGUGGCAAACAGGCCGGCCAUUCUCCGAAAGGAAUUCAUCUUUGACGAGUACCAAAUCCUCGAGGCCCGGCUUGCGGGAGCUGAUACCGUUCUCCUCAUCGUCAAGAUGCUAGACACUCCCCUUCUCGAGCGCCUUUACAAGUACUCUCUUUCCCUAGGCAUGGAGCCUUUGGUCGAGGUACAAAACGCCCAGGAAAUGGAAAUUGCCGUGAAGCUCGGCUCCAAGGCGAUCGGCGUCAACAACCGAAACCUUGAGAGUUUCGAGGUCGAUCUCGAUACCACUGGCCGCCUACGCAGCAUGGUGCCCGAAACCACCAUUCUCUGCGCGCUAAGCGGCAUCAACAGUCACAAGGAUGUCAUUAUGUGCAAGAACGAUGGCGUCAACGCCAUUCUCGUCGGCGAGGCCAUCAUGCGGGCACCCGAUGCGAGCGUCUUUAUCCAGCAGCUCUGCGCCGGGAACGACGAUGUUCCUCCCGCCCCCAAACCCUCCUCUCUCCUCGUCAAGAUCUGUGGAACGAGGACCGCAGAAGCCGCCAAAGUUGCCGUAGAGGCCGGCGCGGACUUUAUCGGUGUUUGCUUUGUCCCCAAAGCGAAGCGAUGCAUCUCGCACAAGGCCGCUCUUGAGAUAUCAGAGGCGGUGGUCGGAAUUUUCCAGAACCAACCUCUCGCCGAGGUCCUCGAGAAGCAAAGGACGUACAACCUCGACGUCGUCCAGUUCCACGGAGACGAGCCUAUCGAGUGGGCGAAGCAGGUUCCCGUCCCCGUGGUUCGCUGCUUCAAGCCUGGCCAAACUGGCGUCGGUUCCCGCGGCUAUCACACCGUGCCUCUUCUCGACUCCGGCUCCGGUUCCGGUAAGCUUCUUGACGUCUCUAGCGUCAAGACCACACUGGAGAAGGAUUCCGAGCUUCGGGUUCUACUCGCCGGAGGACUCAACCCGGACAAUGUCGUAGAGGCAGUCAAGGCCGUUGGCGAGCUCGCCGACCGGGUUAUCGGUGUUGACGUGAGCAGCGGAGUAGAGACUGACGGGAAGCAGGAUCUAGACAAGAUUCGCGCGUUUAUCAAGGCGGCAAAGUCUUUCCGGUGA